CGGACUUAAAGAAACGGAGUAUUUCUCUUUAUGUAGGGAAGCUUCUCACCUAAUCAGCUGAACACCAGGAGAUUAUUAGUCGUCAACCAAAGAAUACAGACAGAAUUUAACGCAUGAAAAACUGGAUGUGCUUUUAAAGGCUGGCUUUUCCCAAACUCAUAAAUAAUGAAGGACUGGCACAUAGGCUAUUGGUUGCUGGUGCUGGUGUUGAUGUCCUCACUAUGCGGUGCGGAUCUCACCCAGAACUGCUCCUGCAGCGGCGACUCGCUGCAUUUCGCUAAUGCGGCUCACAGCCCAGUGCGUAGUGUUGACAGCUCCGCCGGGUCGUUGGAACCCCUGUACAACUUCGCUCGUCUGUUCUUGCAGGCGGUGCAGCCCAACGCAUUCCCCAAAGAUAUAGCUCACAGAGCCCUGAACAAUGAAAAGCAGGACAUUUCAGAGGUGCUGUGGUAUGAGGCUGGGUACUUGGUGUGUUUGAUUCUGGCCGUUCUCUACCUGGUCCUCGUGCCACUCAUGGGUGUAAUCCUCUGCUGGAGACAUUACCAUAGGAACACGGAAUCCAGUGCCCAGUCGUCAUUGUUACCGUCAUGGCAGUAUCGGGACAUUGCUAUAGCAACAUGCCUAGCUGUCAUCACCAUUUUGCUCCUGACAGGUGUGAUCCUGGCCUUCACCACCAACAACAGAGCAAGACAGAACAUGGAGCCCAGCCUACACCAUUUAUCAUCCAGUUUAAGGGACAUCAGAAACACUUUUGGCUCUGUUUCCCAGAAAAUUGACAUCAUUGUUGAUCAGUACUCUGUGGCCAUGGCUGCCAUCCAAAAGGAAUUGAAUGGGACUGGUGAUGUCAUUGGCCAAGAAAUUAUCUCAUCUUUUCAUUCUAAUGUCAAUGAUGCCCUCACUGACUUCUCAAUCUCAGUGGAAGAUGCUGUCAGGGCCAAAACGAACCUGGUAGUCAUACACACAGCGAGGGCAGACCUGCAGCCCAGACACAACUUUCUACAGAUUGAGCUGGGGAAGCUCAAACAAAGCCUGCAGAAGAUCCAGGACAUGUGCCAAAAUUGCAGCCUCCCUCCAUUUAAUAACCUGCAGACAGAUGCUAACUACAGAAAGAUCCCUGAUGUGAAACUCCAUCUGGAUAAGGUUGCUCCUGCAGCCAGUUUGGCCAACCUGGCAGAAAAGGGCAAUGCAUCAUUCAAUGCGAUUCCUGAAAAUUGUACAAAACAAACUGCACCUACAGUAAAGGAUCUUGUGUUAGACCUGGAGGAGACAAAAACAUCCUUGACAAGAUCCAGUCAGCGGUUCCCUUCCCUAAAAUCUUUUUCUGAGGUGUUUUCUGAACUAGGGGAGACUGUCAGCCGUUAUGGGAAGGAUGUGGAUCGCUACGACUACUACAGGUGGGGAGUUUCUGUGGCAGUCUGCACUGUGAUACUUGUCAUCGUGCUCCUGACUGCCCUCAGUCUCUGCCUGGGACUGCCAGCUGUGUACUGUCCCAGCAUGUGGACCACAAGCAGCGAGGGCCGCUUUGAACAAUCUGCCGUCAGCCUGCUCAGGGUCGCUGUGGUCCUGAGCUUCCUGUUUUCCUGGCUCUUCAUCAUUCUGGUCUUCAUCACCCUCUUGUUUGCGGGGAAUGUCUACACUAUAGGGUGCAGGAGUUAUAGAAGUGGAGAGCUCUUUGAGUUCCUCGACCAGCGCGAUAACCUGUUCAGCAGCCUCAACACCAGCAACUUUGACCACAAUUCAACCUCUCAGUUCAACUUCAGCACACAAUUAAACUUCUCGGUUCAACAAGUCUACAUUGGCUGUAAGACAGGACAGUCCCUGUUCCACUCGAUGCACUUGGACCAGCUCUUUGACAUGGAGGACUUCGUAAAUGCCACCAAGUACAUGGCGAAAUUCAAGCAGAAUGCCCGAAACCUGUCAGUCGACCUGAGAGACCUGCAGCUGCUGCCUCCUGAAGGGAGACAAAGUCUCCUGUACUUCAGAGAAAGUGGCAUUGACAACAUUGACUACCCCACAUUGAUGCUACUGCUAAGCACCCCGGUAUUGAAGAUAAACCUCAAAGAUUUCGCAGAUCAGCUGGAUGAGACAGCACAACUACAAACAAAUAAUACAAUAAAGGAGGAUUUGGAAAGUAAGGCGAACAGGUCGAGAGAACUGCAGAAAUAUGUUGAGCAGCAGGAGGCAGAUGUUAAAAAGAUGGAUGCAAGUCUGAGAGCCUUGUCAGUGAUCAGUGCAAACUUCAAGGAAAACAUAGACACAGCCCUGGACAGCAUCAGCAUGACGGAGCAGGAAAUUCUCAGACAGGUCCCAAUCAUUGUGCAUAACGUCUCUCAGUGCCUUUCGCAGAGAGGAGAGCAUGCUCUGCGUCAGUACCUGGACUGGGUUAACCAUGCGAUUUUAAACGAAGCUCUGGAAUGCAGAUGGUUCACUGUUUCACUAGAUAACAUGUACACGGCACUUUGUCAGAACAUAGCUGACCCCUGGAAUGGCUUCUGGCUAUGUUUGGGAUGGUGUUGUGUGCUUCUGAUUCCUGGAGUGAUCUGCAGCCUCUCUACAGCUAGGCACCUGCAGCCUAUGUCCAGCUCCUCCAGCAAAAAUGCAUUAAUAGACAAGGAAACUACAACGCAAAAGACUGAACCUAAGAGCCAUAAGAAGCCAGUGAGCCUUAAGAUAACCCAUGGUCUGGGCGACUGGUAUAAAGCAAUGAAGAAAACUGCUAAUGAGAAAAAGUGAAGAUGAUAUAAAUGCAAGAAAGAAGACAGCAAGAAGAAUCUGAGGAUGCUUCGGAAAUCACUGUGAUUUCAUGUUUACUCUUACUGUGCUCUACACUGUUCUGUGUUUCAGAUACACAAUGCCUUCAACAAGCAUGUUUAAUUUUGCAGUUGAAAUGUGUUAGUUGAAAUCUUGGGCUCAUCAGUUCCUCAUAAGACAUUAUCUCUUUGUCCCACUUGUCAUUAUCUGUUAAUGUUGCCAAAGUUGUGGGCAGAGACACUGUACACAGAGGAAAGAUUUUGAUAAUGUUUGCUGUACUAGAAACACAUUUAAUAAUAUGGUCCUGAAUCUCCAUGGAAAGCAAUGUGAAGUUUAGUGUUGAAAAUGAUUUUUCUUUUAUUCACUGAACACCACAUGGUGGUUCUGACCUAACUGUGUGAUACAGAACUCUUUAAUGCCUCUUAUCUUAAUUUCUGCACUCACCUAAGUAACAU